GAAUCACUUGCAAAAGCAAAAUUGAUUACUCUGUUUUGGUUUUGGAUCAGAUCAACCAAAGGAAGCGAAGAAGAAGAAGACUUUAUACACUCUCGACGCUAUUGAUUUCGUCUGUGCAGUUUUGUUUCUCUAUCAGUUAGUUUUAAAGAUGAGUUCUUCAGAGAGUGUGGAAAACGAGUGCAUGUGUUGGGCUGCAAGAGAUCCAUCUGGUCUUCUUUCUCCUCAUACUAUCACUCGCAGGUCUGUUACAACUGACGAUGUUUCACUCACAAUCACUCAUUGUGGAGUGUGUUACGCUGAUGUUAUCUGGAGUAGAAACCAACAUGGAGACUCCAAGUACCCUUUGGUUCCUGGGCAUGAGAUUGCUGGAAUAGUGACUAAGGUUGGGCCUAAUGUUCAACGAUUCAAAGUUGGAGACCAUGUUGGUGUUGGAACGUAUGUUAACUCCUGCAGGGAGUGUGAAUAUUGUAAUGAAGGACAAGAAGUUAAUUGUGCGAAAGGAGUUUUUACUUUCAAUGGCAUUGAUCAUGAUGGCUCUGUUACUAAAGGAGGCUACUCUAGUCACAUUGUUGUUCAUGAAAGGUACUGCUACAAGAUACCUGUGGACUAUCCCUUGGAAUCAGCUGCACCAUUACUCUGUGCUGGAAUCACGGUUUAUGCUCCUAUGAUGCGUCACAAUAUGAAUCAACCUGGUAAAUCUCUUGGGGUGAUCGGGCUAGGUGGUCUUGGACACAUGGCGGUUAAGUUUGGCAAGGCUUUUGGACUUAGUGUUACGGUUUUUAGCACCAGCAUUUCCAAGAAAGAAGAAGCUUUGAAUCUGCUAGGAGCUGAGAAUUUCGUUAUCUCAUCUGACCAUGACCAGAUGAAGGCACUAGAGAAAUCUCUAGACUUUCUAGUUGACACAGCAUCUGGUGAUCACGCGUUUGAUCCUUACAUGUCUCUCUUGAAGAUUGCUGGAACUUAUGUAUUGGUUGGUUUCCCAAGUGAAAUUAAAAUCAGUCCUGCCAAUCUCAAUCUUGGUAUGAGAAUGCUCGCUGGAAGUGUAACCGGGGGGACCAAAAUAACACAGCAAAUGUUAGAUUUCUGUGCAGCUCAUAAGAUUUAUCCAAACAUAGAGGUGAUUCCCAUUCAAAAGAUAAACGAAGCUCUCGAAAGAGUGGUGAAGAAGGACAUCAAGUACCGUUUCGUGAUUGACAUCAAGAACUCCCUCAAAUAGAUGUUGCUCAAAGGAAGGAAUAAUGGAGUCUGUAAUAAGAGAAUAAUACUCACUGCUACAAUCUUUAUUACGUAUUUUCUCGUUUUUCAUUAGUAAAGCAAAUAAAUUAAGACUACUGAGAAGAAAUUGCUCGUAAGCUUGGGUAAUAAGAGGAAAAGAGAUUUACAAAAACUACAAAAAUUCCCAAAAUUAGACUUUAAAGAGUUAUGGGUAAAAAAUAAAGAAACAAGAACUAAG